AUGGGUCCAAUCGUGUUAACUCCGCUGGCCACGGGUCUGAGCGUGUUGGCCGGUGCGGUGUUCGUGAAGUCGAUGAUGGAUUCCAAGUCUAUGUUCGGUCCUUUUGGAAAUGGUGGCCAGUUUCCCCGGUGCUCCACUUGCAACGGUACCGGAAGGGUUACCUGCCUGUGCUCUCGCUGGUCGGACGGCGAUUACGGUUGCCGGACUUGUGCCGGGUCGGGUCGUAUGGCUUGCAACAGCUGCGGUGGGUCUGGUACGGGUCGACCCAUUCCGGUUAAUAUAUCUGUCCGCCCUCCUCCCCCUAACCGACCUUCCUGAGGAGAAUUAGGAAGAGAAGAACACACCAAUUACGUAUGUCUUCGGAAAACGCUUUUGGUCAUCCAACUUUUGUCAACCCUGCUUACCGAGGGUGAUUCCAUGUGUGUACUGUGUCGUAUAUUGGGUUCAUUUCCAUCAUUUUAAGCUCUGAUAUGAAAUAGCGAGCUUGCGGAAAUGGAACAAUCCAGCUUUUGUCUUCGACGAAUCAAAUGAGAAUCGAGGGGAUGUUGUGAUGAAAUGGAUGCUGUUAUUAUGCUGCUUAAUCAGUGUUCAUUUUGUGGAGUCAAUCAGUUCUUUUGGUGAAAGAGUUGGACGUGAGAGCUAAUUUUACAAGGUUGUCAUUUGAGUCGAUUUAUUCCUUGGUGGAGAUGGAUCCAACGAGGUUCUCCAUUACAUUUUGUAGUAAUGUUGGGAAGUCUCUCAAAAUUGACCACGGUUCUCGGCUUUAUUCAAUAUGUUCAAAAUUUAAUACUUUCUCCGUCCUGAAAAGUAAUUCAUACUUACAAUUCGAUGCAGAUUUUUUUAGGAUCAAAGAAAAUAUAACAAAGUAAAUUAAUUAUUUUUUUUGAGACGGAUGUUUCACAAGAUAUCUUGACAAAGCCGAAGGCCUCCAAGAUAUCUUGAUAAAGACGAGGUUCAUCGUCCCCAAAGGAGUCUAGCAGCUGCAACCGUAGGGGGGCGGCCAUGACUUCGCCGUUGAGACUUUUGUUUCAACUUCUCUCUUUUUCCCUACAAGAGGUUUAUAUUAACCCUUUUGUGCAUCAUUUACUUAAAGAAAAAACACUCAUUUAACUUUGGUUUUUUAGGGCAUUUCAUAGGGUCCUAUCGACCUUAUAUGCGGGUUUCCCCCACGUUCUCGUUGUAAAUCAGAUGGUCAAGCUCAUUUUACUUGGUACGUUUCGGGUGGUAUUUGGUGAGGUGUCCAAAGAAAUAGAGUCGUUAUGCCUUCUUCCUCAACGAAUGUUACAAUUUCCGCUUGUAAAAUUGGGUUGAAAUUACUCCUGUUGUACUAAUCCAUUUUGGAUUUUCACUCUUAAUACUAUUUGUACU